AUGCUCGCCAGCUCGCUGCCACCAUCCAAUCUCGCCAAUGCAGAGAAGGAGCUCACCAACAACUUCAAAGCGGCCGCCCUGAGCCUUACGACGUUAUACCGCACUUCCCGACCCACGUCGAAGCGGGCGUACAAUGCAGGCUAUGCCGCGGCGUUCCAAGACAUGCUCCUCAUGAUCCAGCAAGGCGUUUCCACGGGCGAGUCCAGCGAUACCGCCGGGCAGGAAGAGGAGGACGAUCAGGACGAAGAGAAGGAGAAGGACAGGGAGAAGGAACGUGCUCGUCCGGCCGCCAAUGCCAGCGUUGGCUCGAAGACCGCAUCCAAGCUCCCGAGCGCAUCGACAGGCGCACCGCCCACUCCACAAACGCCAUCGCUCACUACUAUGCCGCCACCCGCCAUGCCGUCGUCCCCGUCCCCAACAUCGCCAAUCCCAUUGCAACGCACGUCCAAGACCCGGUUAUUCGCGCUCUCAAAUCGGAAGGAAGUCUCAGUGCAGGUCAAAUUCAUCAAAUUUUUCGUGUGGGAAGAGCGUUGGACCGAAUGCGCAAUGGAUGCGCCGUGCGGCUACAACUUUGAGACGUUGCAGCAAACCACGAAGAUUGACUCACAGAAGCUCCUUCGACCCCUCCCACUGGAGCUCACUGGAGCUGACGAGAUGUUAGCGACAGAGCGGGUGGAUACACUCGGUCAAAAUGGCUUUGAGAUCGACGUAGCGGAUGAUCCUUUGGGUGAUUCCGCGCGCCUGCGCCUGGCCGCACAGCCUAUCAGCAAGAGCGCCGUGUUUGGCGUUAAAGAUCUUGAAGAGCUGCUACAUCUGAUCCAUAACGCGCCCGACGAGCAGAUCGUGAGCUGCUCCAAAGUCCAUGCCAUGUUCGUAAUGCGUGCGUGCCGAAAGAGCACCUGCUUGCAGUAUAAAUACACAGACUUUCAUCAUCAUCCCUACUCUACCGCGCCAACAUAUAGAGACCAACAAAAUGUGGUAGCUUUUUCCCCUGUGGUGUGGGUUUUUUUUAAUGCACCCACUAUUAUAUCUGUCCGUAUUGCAACUGUAUUGCUGACCUACGCACGUUAA